UGAAUGAAGUGCAGCUAAAAGAGAUCCUUGAAGCUUUUAUCAAAAUUGUGGACAAACCUGGCUCUUUUCUUUCUCGUUUUAGGAUUUGGAGAAUUGCAAUUCUCAAGAUUAUCAGCAAGAAAACACAAGCGCUGUAAAACGACCUUCAUUUUCUUUUUACUGCUCUUCAUUUUGUCCAACGUUCGACUCUCCAACAUCAUCAUCCUCAAAGUCGAUGAUUUAUUCAAUAAAUUAUAAAACAAUGACACCAACUCAAGCCGCUCUUUAACAACUCCACUUCUAAAAGUUCCUUCUAGCUCUCUCUCUCUCUCUCUUUCUCUCUCUCUCUCUCAAAAUCAAAAUCAAUGGGGAGCACUGAAGACCAGAGUAAACCCUCCGACCUCUACGACCCAUCUUCCUCACCUACCCAUCCCCUCCUUUCCAAACCUUACCCAUCUCCAAUUGACGAACCCAUCUCCGACCCAACCACCUCCGAACCCGACCCAUCUCAGUACCUCCAGAUCUCCUACAACUAUGGCCCCAGACCCAUCAAAGACAUCCCCUUUUUGAUCCUCUUCUCCUUUCUAGUCGUCUGCACCUUCGGCUUCGGCAUCUUCUCUUCCAUCAAUCGCAACUCCAAUUCCUCCAAAGUCUCCUCCUUUGUCUACGACUCCAAUUCCACUUCUUGCGUAGAACAAUCAUCACUUGAUAAUCCCCUUUCUAUCUACUAUUACUUUUCAAGCUCCAAUCUUUUGCCGAGUUUGAUUUGGACCCUUGUUAUCACUUUGAUUUUAAGUGUACCCUUUGUGCUGUGUGUACUUUUGUUACUGAAGCAUUAUACCAAACAGAUUGUCUACGUCUCGCUUCCUUUCUUUAUCAUCGUACCCAUUUUCUUAGAUGUGUAUUGGUUUGUUGCCUGUACUGUUGACUCCACUUGCAGCGAUGAUUUCCCGAUUGGGUACCGGGUUUUAGUCCUCGUGUUUGUGUUUUUGGUAAUUGCUGUGAUUGUGUGGAUUAUUGUGGUGAAUUGGCAUCGAGUUGAAUUGACUGUUAAGAUUAUUGCGGUUUCUUCUCAUGCUUUGUCUCAGAAUUUGGGUUUGUUUGGGGUUCUUCCAGCUCUGACUUUGGGUUUGGUGGUUUAUUAUGUGCCCAUUGUUGUGUUUUUGGUGUUUGCAAAUCAGAAUGGGGAGAUUGUGGCUCAAUAUGAGAGUGGAGAGUAUUAUUGUACUUGGAAGCAAGAUAGUUGGGUGCCUGCAUACUUUGCAUUGGCAAUUCUCACAAUGUUGUGGUCUGCAACAGCUAUGGUGGAAGUGCAGAUUUAUGUGAUCAGUGGGACUAUUGCACAGUGGUACUUUUCCAAGGAUGAUUCACGUCCAAGGCGGAGUAUACGAAAUUCCCUGAGAAAUGCCUUUGGACCCUCCUCUGGAACAGUAUGUUUAUCUGGAUUGCUUAUUUGUGUCGUUCGUGUGGUGCGCGCUAUGGUUGAUAGUGCAAGACAAGAAGAUGCUUCAGGGAUAGUGUACAUUGUACUCCGGUGCUGUGUUAAUACCCUAAUGGCGGCUUUUGAAUUCCUCAACAAAUUCACCGUCAUCUUUGUGGCUAUAACUGGUGAAGCUUACUGCACUGCUGCAAGGAUGACAUACGAGCUUCUAAAACGCAAUCUUCUCUCAGCUGUUUUUGUAGAGACCGUCUCCACUCGUUUACUUGCUGGAAUUAUUUUUGUAUUCUCGGCAAUUUAUGCAGUUGUGGUUUGUGCAAUAUUGAAUGCCGUCGUCAGCAAUCUCGGAGCGGACACCUAUUUUGUGGCUGGCAUGGCAUGGGCGCUGCUGCUUGUGGUACUUGGAUAUUUUGUGUAUGUGCUGGACAACGUUAUCGAUACGGUGUAUGUGUGCUAUGCCAUAGACAGGGACAGAGGGGAGGUAUGUAAACAGGAGGUACAUGAAGUUUAUGUUCAUCUCCCCAUCAGUAGGAACCAUAGAUCGUCACUUGUUCCCGCAACAGUGCUUAGUGUAUAACCAUCUUUGAAUCAAGUUUGUGUUGUAUUCUGCUUGUAACUUUUAUUCCUUUAGGUGUUAGAAUUGCCAUCUGGCAAAUUGUGCAUUCUGUUGUUUUGUACAAUAGAGGUUUUUCCAAUAAAGAGGAGAAUUUUUUUUAAGGCAA